GAAACACUGGAAUCAUUUAUGCAUUGCAGUUUCUUUCUCUCCCUCUCUCUCCUUUUUCCUUGGGAUAUUUUGAGUGGAUUGUAUCUAUUAAUCAAGACCUCUUGUUAUAUGUUGUUCCUUUGUCAUUUUCAGUAAAGAUUGGCAUCAUUCAGAGCAAAUGCACAACUGCUUUUUUCCCAAAAAAAUCAUUUUUGGGGGCUGUCGAUGGAGUGCUAGCUAGGACCCAGGAGACAUCCUUCCAAACAGCAGGGGUUGUGUGCUUCCACAUAGCAGUACAGUACAAGGAAAACCCCAUCGGAUCUGUUAUUGCAGGAUACUUGUGAAAUAUACAUAGGAUUCUUUCUUUCUUAUGGCUGCAUCCCGGAUUUGGAAAUUUUACAUGGGCACUAGGAAGCUUUGAAAGACUCCAUACACAGAGAAGAUUUGCAACCAGGACUACACUUGCCACAGAGCUCACUGACUUGUUCAGUUAUCAUUCCCUUUUCUUUUCUUUAGCUUUUUUCCGCUUUUCUUUUUCUUUUCUCUCCUCUCUUUUCUGUAUCCCUCCUGGUCUGUUUCUCCUCUUUCUCUUAGUGUUUUAUUACUGCUUCACACCUGGAUCGUAUCUUCACUGAACGGGUACUUUGAGAACUAACAGAAGACAGUCUUGUGGGGGAAGAUCUAUAUGGAAUUAUCGGCUUUUAUGGUGAACUUGGCACUUGUGAAUGGGUAUCUUGUUCGCAUUAUUAAUUGCUAGCAAAAAAAAAAAAAAUCACACACGGGAGUAAAACGUGGAUUCUGAAUACGCAUUGUGAUGACCAGCAAUUACCUUGUUGACUGAUAUCAAGAUCGGAAUAUUUUGGAAGACAGUCGGAAACAGCCUUUUAAGAGCUGGAAAAUGAAAGCUCCAAUUCCACACUUGAUUCUUUUAUAUGCCACAUUCACUCAGAGCUUGAAGGUUGUGACCAAAAGAGGUUCAGCUGAUGGAUGCACUGAUUGGUCUGUGGAUAUCAAGAAAUAUCAAGUUUUAGUGGGAGAGCCUGUUCGAAUCAAGUGUGCAUUAUUUUAUGGCUACAUCAGAGCAAAUUACUCCCUUGCCCAAAGUGCUGGACUUAGUUUGAUGUGGUAUAAAAGCUCUGGACCAGGAGACUUUGAAGAACCAAUAGCAUUUGAUGGAACUAGAAUGAGCAAAGAAGAAGAUUCUAUUUGGUUCCGGCCAACGUUAGUACAGGACAGUGGUCUUUAUGCAUGUGUCAUCAGAAACUCCACAUAUUGUAUGAAAGUGUCCAUUUCACUGACUGUGGGUGAAAAUGACACUGGACUCUGCUACAAUUCCAAGAUGAAGUACUUUGAAAAAGCUGAGCUUAGCAAAAGUAAGGAAAUCUCAUGCCGGGAUAUAGAGGAUUUUCUAAUACCAUACAGAGAGCCUGAAAUCUUGUGGUAUAAGGAAUGCAGGACAAAAGCAUGGAGGCCAAGUAUUGUGUUCAAAAGAAAUAUUCUGCUUAUAAGAGAGGUUAGAGAAGAUGAUAUUGGAAAUUAUACAUGUGAAUUAAAGUAUGGAGGCUUUGUUGUUAGAAGAACCACUGAACUCACUGUGACAGCUCCACUGACAGAUAAACCACCAAAACUUUUGUACCCUUUGGAAAGUAAACUGACAAUUCAGGAGACCCAGUUAGGCAAUUUGGCUAAUCUAACCUGUCGAGCAUUCUUUGGAUACAGUGGAGAUGUCAGUCCUUUAAUUUACUGGAUGAAAGGAGAGAAGUUUAUUGAAGACCUUGAUGAAAAUAGGGUCUGGGAAAGUGACAUUAGGAUUCUUAAGGAACAUCUUGGGGAGCAAGAAGUUUCUAUCUCAUUAAUUGUUGACUCUGUAGAGGAAGGAGAUUUGGGAAAUUAUUCUUGUUAUGUUGAAAAUGGAAAUGGACGCAGACACGCCAGUGUUCUACUUCAUAAAAGAGAACUGAUGUAUACAGUUGAACUUGCUGGUGGGUUGGGUGCCAUUUUGCUGCUGCUUGUGUGUUUGGUGACAAUCUACAAGUGUUACAAGAUCGAUAUCAUGCUCUUCUAUCGGAAUCACUUUGGAACAGAGGAAAUCGAUGGAGAUAACAAAGAUUAUGAUGCAUACUUAUCAUAUACCAAAGUGGAUCCUGAUCAGUGGAAUCAAGAAACUGGGGAAGAAGAAAGAUUUGCCCUUGAAAUUCUGCCUGAUAUGCUGGAAAAACAUUAUGGGUACAAAUUGUUCAUUCCAGACAGAGAUUUGAUUCCUACUGGAACAUAUAUUGAAGAUGUGGCAAGAUGCGUGGAUCAAAGCAAGCGACUGAUUAUAGUUAUGACUCCUAAUUAUGUGGUAAGAAGAGGCUGGAGUAUCUUUGAACUGGAGACUCGACUUCGAAACAUGCUAGUUACAGGAGAGAUUAAAGUGAUCUUAAUUGAAUGUAGUGAACUUCGAGGAAUCAUGAACUACCAGGAGGUGGAAGCUCUAAAGCACACCAUUAAACUCCUGACGGUUAUUAAAUGGCAUGGACCAAAAUGCAACAAGUUGAAUUCUAAAUUCUGGAAACGUUUACAGUAUGAAAUGCCUUUUAAGAGGAUAGAGCCCAUUUCCCAUGAGCAGGUAUUAGAUGUCAGUGAGCAAGGGCCCUUCGGGGAGCUGCAGACUGUCUCAGCAAUUUCCAUGGCUGCCGCCACCUCCACUGCACUUGCCACUGCCCAUCCAGAUCUGCGCUCCACGUUUCACAAUACGUACCAUUCACAAAUGCGUCAGAAACACUAUUAUCGAAGCUAUGAAUACGAUGUACCUCCUACCGGCACCCUGCCUCUUACCUCAAUAGGUAACCAGCAUACCUACUGUAACAUCCCUAUGACACUUAUCAACGGACAGCGGCCGCAGACAAAAUCCAACAGGGAGCAGAACCCAGACGAGGCCCACACAAACAGUGCAAUACUGCCGCUCUUACCACGCGAGACCAGUAUAUCCAGUGUGAUUUGGUGACAGAAAGGAAGGGGCGACUUUGUCCCUUGGAGUAGGAGCUGAGUCUGCAGUCCAGUGCCUGGAACUACAUCCUCGACUGCUGCUGUUAAAACAUGCAUUACAAUCUAUAAAAUACGAGGAAAAACAGGGUCUUGUACAUAUGUUUUUUGCAAUUUAUUUGUAGCAUCAGUGUCUUCCUGUUUUACCAUGUCUCUUGCCAUUACAUUUUUUGACUUUGUUUUAUAUGUCAUUGGAAUUUGUAUAUUUACAUUUUUUAAUGAAGAGACUGAUGUAUAGAUAGGAAACCCUUUUUGCUUCAUUAGUAUAAUUUUAGAAUGGGUUUGAUUUCUUUCUGUUUGGAUUUUUUUUUUAACAUUUCUUUGGAGUGCUUGGACAAAGCUAUUUGAUGGGACAAGGACCACCAUAUCCACUUUGCUGUUCUGCCUAGCAACAGCAAGGCCUUGUUGGCCUUCUGAGUACAAUACAAGGAAUGGCCAAAAUUCCAAUUCAGGAAAACAGAUGUGGAGAACACUUGUUCAUAGGAGGGCCCCACCAAUCAGAGCCCUGAAUAUCUUCCUUGUCCUGCCUCAUCCCCACCUCUACCCUUCUAAUGUCAGCAUGGUGUGUGACCCUGCAGAAUGGGAGGGGGUGGGUCUAACUGUCUUAACAUUUAACUCACUGCUUGUCAAAUGACACUCCAGACCCAGAUGUCUACCAGUCACUUUACUGUGACUACUGCUGAGUGCUAAGAAGAUAAGAUCAAGGGCCGGGGUGUUGUUUUGUUUUAAAAUGAGUUGAUGUACCCUUAUAUAUAUAAAAAAAAUCAACCUAUAUUUGAUCACUUCCUGGAAAGGCAUGAAUGUGUUUGUGGCUGUUUUUGUUUCAAUAUUCAACUCCCUUUUUUCCCCUUUAAUUUUUUCUGCGAAUGAGAUUAUGUGCAAUUGCCAGGCAAGUCAGUCAAAGGGGGUGAAUUGACAUAAGUCAUAAUGAGAUUUAUAUUGAUGGCUUCCAAACCAAAGGGAAGGACUAGGAUGUUAUCAAAUAUGUUUUGUCACAUUGUAUUAUACAAAAUGUUAUUUUCUAAACAGUAAGAGCAAAUCUUUGAAACCUAUUAUGGAGUCCCCUUGUAUUUAAAUGUUAAUUCACUGUAUUUACUUUUUAAUGCUACAUUCAGAAUCGAGCAUUCUUACUUCCUUUGUUUCAGUUUAUAAUAAUAAGUAAAAAUUUUAUCAAUUUCAAGGUGAUUUAAAUGAGAACUCAGGAGGUUAAAACAUGAAUAUUAAUGAAAAUCAAUGUUUUCAAAAUAAACAGUAUUUAUACAAAAGUAAACAUUAAAUCAGACCUGAAAGUGUUUAAAAAAAUUAAUUCUACUGAAUAAAGAAUUAGUUUUAUUUUAAAUGUAUCAUUCUAUCUUUCAGAAACACAGAAAGCUUGUUCCAAUGCUCCCAGAAAAUCCAUAUCAUAUAGUUCAGCUGUGUCUGAAAUAAAGGAUAUAAGCUGCUAAUUCAUAUUCAUGUUUUGUAUGGCAAAAUAAAUAAAUAAAUAAAUAAAUGAAGUCUAUUGUAAAGGAACCUGCAGGGGGCAGAAUUAUAAGAAAACAUUCCCUAUGGGAUUUUUUAGUUUUUUAAAAAAGUACAUUGAUAAUAGGAUUUUUAACAUUAAUUUAGGGAUUCAUCAUAGGCAUUUUCAUUACUGUCAGUAAUUGCUGACCAGUGCAAUGGAUGUUGUAUUUUUUUUAAUUUAUUCUUACCAUCGAUAUAAGAAAAUAACCACUCUAAUGUUUUGGUCUCGUUAAUAAGAUGUUAUUUGAUCAGAAAGGAAAGUAAACUACAGUGUAGUUCAUGGGGAAGGGGGCAAGGGCCCAUUGAAAAUGUAUGAAAAAUGAGAAUGAAUGUGAUGUACAAGUCCAAAGGAUCCUGGUACCCGCAUAACAACAAGAUAAAGGUGCUAUGGGAUGUUCAGUAGCUUUUAUUUGCUUAAAAAUGUUUAUUUCUCUAACAA